UCACAGCACAGUGACAAACCUGAAGGUGCAUUUAUGUGCUCCUCAGAAAGUCCCAUUUUCCUGAGUUGGGACGUUGGGAACACGCCAACGUUCGUGUGAAGGAAAAGCACGGGUGUGAGAGAUGUUAUCAGUGAAGGCCUUCGACCAUUUAAGUCAGCGAGAGCAUGACUUACUGCAGCCAUUGUUAAUGUCAUCAGUUGUGCUUGUGCUUUUCCUGCUCAGACUAAGAUCUGUGGAGAAAAGCCUAUUGGUCAUUAUCGCCCUCUCACUCGUCUUUGCUCAGGGUCUGUCUGCGCUCCACAUGGCCUGCCUUUACGGCCAGCUGGGUCCUCUUCGGGUCCUGGUGAAGACCACGUUGGACGAGCUCGACAGCAGCGAUCCUCAGGGGCGCCGGCCCAUCCACAUGGUCAUGUCCUCCCAGAGCUCGCCCAAGUCCGCCGCCUGUCUCAGAUUCCUGCUGGAGAACGGAGCAGACAUCAGUGUAACCACAGACUCUGGGCAAACACCGCUGCACCACGCAGCUGCCGCAGGCCUCCUGGACUGCGUAGAGAUCCUCGUGCAGGCCGGUGCAGAUGUGAUGGCCCAGGACGACAUGGGACACACACCUCUGGAUUUGGCUCGCGUCUGGUCCCACAGAGACGUAGGGAGGUAUCUGAGAGGCUGCGUGUGGCUGGCAGAGAAGAAGAGAGAAAUGGAGGAGAGGAAGCAAGUUCGGGUUCUAUACAGGGAUCUUGUUGCCGAGGCCAAACUGAAUGAGCUCAACAAAAGGAUUCUUAUAGACAGGAAGAUGAAUGAGUGGGCGGCCAAGAAAGGUUUACCCAACAUCAAGGCUUCCUCCCCCAAAGUCAUGGUGAGCCAGUACCACACAAAGUGCCUCUCAUCCGAUCACGAUACAUCUAAUGUGGGUCUGAGGAAGCUCAAGCCAAGGCCGAGGGAAUCCAGGCCUGACCUCCAUGACAGUGUCAUGGUGUGGACGGACAGCAGUGGCGGGGGGCGGCCUCAGUAUAUCACCAAGUGGGAGAGCAUGCCUCGUUACGCCCCUGACGUGCCUUUGGACAUCCUCAAGAGGGUGUUGUUCCCCAUGGCGUCCAGGAUCAAAUCCCCUCAGGACUUUAAGGCGCGGGUCAUCGAGGAGGUCACGCACAGAAGAUGCCCCCAGGGAACGAGCCGCUCACCCUGGACGGAGGUGCCCGAGCACCUGGUUGAGGUGUUGGAGCCUGGAUGUGAGCGCUGAAAGAGCUUCAAGUUCAAGUUGUGUAAAAUAUAUCAUAGUAACAUUUAAUUGUUUUAUUUAGUUGCAAGUAGAAAGAACAGGAUCGUGUGAUGUAUUUUUAGAUUUAACAUCGUCAUAGUUUUUCAUUCAGAGUUCUCACAGAGUCAGGCACGCAGGAGACGUCAAGAGCAGAAAUGUCCUCAUGAAACACCCGGCCAUCUCAUAACCUCAGCUCUGAGUGACAAACCUGAAAAAGUCAGACUCUCCAGAAAGCAGGAUGAGUCGAGGGGCGAGGAGUAAACCCUGAAUGAACUGGGUCACCUGUCACAGAUGUACCCCUGCACUUUCACUGAUCCCCCCAGGGGAGUGAGUCGGGAUCCAGGUGAGGGCUUGUCAACAGAGUAUGUGUGUGUGUGUCUACGGGCGGUGGCCUGUCAACUAGAGCUGUGGGUGUGUGUGUGUGUGAGUGUGUGUGUGUGUGUCGUGGUUUUGUCUUUUCCCUUCACGAAGCACUUCACACCUCAGUGGGGGUCAAAGUGCACACUUGCCUCGGCCUGGUGCACCCACUGUGACCGGGCCACAUGGGACUUGGGUAAUUUAACACCAUUCAGAUAAACAGUCUGACACAAAUAUAUAUUCUUGUACUUCUAUUUCAGUGAGGACACUCGUUGGAAUUAUUCACCCCCAAUUCAUACCCCACCCUCAACAUCCGCUUGCCUCUAUUUCCUCUGACACAACCUGUGGAAAGAACCAUUUAAUCUUCCAAAUUAUUUCAACAAAAUCUUUUAUUUUAUUUUACAAUUGAGUGUUUAACAGGCGACAAUUAUCCACACUCGAGAGAUUGUUAGAAAGAACUUCUGUCUCUUCAAUCGAACUUUCACCAAACCAGAUUGAGCAGCGUUUUGUCCCCAACACCAAGAGUCCCAGCACAGGUUUGAUCUUCAGAAGUGUUUUCAUUCGUCUUUGACAGUGACAAAAAAAAUCUGUUUGUUACUGUGACUUCUCUAAAAAAAAAAAAAGAAAAAUCCCAAAAAAAGGGUGGGAAUCUGAGGAGUAACAGAAAAAAAUCUCACCGUGCGUCGUUUCCGUGGUGAGAUGUUGAUGAUUUCCUCUCUUGUAGCUCAUCAAAUUGAAAGGGAAAAUGAAUCCUAUCAAACCACCUUUGAUUUAAACCCUGUUCAUCAGUGUGCUGUGACAGGGCGGGGCUUUUAUACCAUGUCAUACUUUGCAAUCAAAAAAAGUACUUCCACAGAUCAGAAGCUGAUUUCUUCAGUUAACUACAGACUGAGCUUUUUCAUUUUAAUCCCAAGUGCUUCAGUGGCGACCUGUUUAUUUUUACCUGCAGCUGAUUGGCUAGUUUUAUCCUUUCUAGGGUUUCACAACAAAAAAAACAAAACACAGACGUCAGGAUUAAGAGAGGAAGCACCUUUAAAAUCUCCCAAUCUCCAAACCACCUUCUCAACAGUCGUACUUUGUCUCCUGAACUAUUUUCACUACUACUUUGUGUUUCCACUCUGAUGAGCAGCAGGGUGUCAAGAAAAAAA